CUAACUGGCGCCCGAGAAAAAUUGGGUAAUUAAGUCACCCAUCGCGCUAAUGUAAAGAAGGAGGCCCCCAAGUAUCCUUACGGAAAAAAGGACGCGUUUGAACGCAAGCCGCUUUACUAGUGAGACAAAAAAAAAAAAGAGACUGACCUCGAAAAUUAAUUGAAAUCAUAACAAAACAAAAAAAAAACUACUAAAGUGAACUCUAAAAUACUCGAUAAUACGAUACAAAAGAAAAAAAAGGGAAAAAAAAGGAACAACAAAAUCUAUCUAAUCAUAACAAAAUCUAUCUAAUCUAAAACAAUAGUGAAAGUGACUUCAUCAUCUGUAAUCCAACCUAUACAACGAGGACACCACAUCAGGAUACACCACAUCAGGAUACACUUACCAAGAUGAAGAUGACUCUACUUUUUUUAUCAACCUUUUUAACUCUUUUCACCUUUUCGACAACCGAGCUACAAAUUUUGAACUACACACUGUCACACCUCGUAACUAUUUUUAGUGGACCUGCAAAAAUACAGGACGGCACAUUUAACAUUAUCCACAUUAUAGAAAUGGACAGAUACAAGAACUUCGUUGACGAUGUACAGAAGGAAAUCGUACAAACCAUCCCUAAAUCCAAUCCCUUUUUCCCACUCCUAACACACGAAAUAUCCCAAAUUCAUGAUAUCCUAGAAGGCAUAGAACCAAUGGAACCACCCAGGAAAAAGAGAUCCAUCAAUAUAUUAGGUACUGCCUGGAAGUACAUCGCCGGAUCACCAGAUCACGAUGACUUUGUAACAGUAAAAAAUGCAUUGGAUCAAACUAUCCUAAAUAAUAACCAACAAGUAGUUAUAAAUGACAUCUUUACAGAAAGAUUACAAAACCUUACCCAAAUUACCAAUCACAUAACCAAAGCAAUUAAAGAUAAUAAAGAUUUUGUAAACGAGGCUGCACUCAGCAUGCAAAUUAAGCUCAGAUUCAUAAAAGAAGAAUAA